AUGCUCCGACGUAGUAUAUUUAAUAAAUCAGUUAUUUGCAUAAAUAGCCCAUUUAAUUUGUGCAAAAUAGCACCCAUAAAUACUAAUAUGUUUACUUUUUCCACUAGUGCUACCACUGAAUCGUUUGAGGGGCAUGGAAUACUUGGCACAUAUGCUAAAGCAUUGUACAAGGUGUCAAAUAACGCUAAAAAAGCUGAUAAGGUCUUGAAAGAUUUUCAAAACUUAAAUUCUAUGUGCUUGAAUAGUAAAGACUUUCAAAAUUUCAUCUUAAAACCUUCAUUAGACAAGGAAAUCAAGUUGAAAUUCCUAGGGGAGCAGUUAGAAUUUGACAAGAUAACCCUUUCCUGCAUAAGCUUGAUGUUUGAAAAUAAGAGAAUUGAUAGCCUUUCUAAGUUUGUCAAUAUAUUGGAAAAAAUCAAUUUGAGGGAGCAGGGAAAGGUCCCUUGCCAAGUUUUACAUGCACAAGUUUUAUCGCAAGAGAAUAAGGAAAAAAUUAAGGCAGCUCUUUAUAAAAGACUGGGAAAUAAUAAGGAGCCUGUGAUCGAUUUUAUAGAAUCUCCAGAAAUAAUGGGAGGAUUGAUUACUAAAAUAGAUGGUAAAGUAUUGGAUUCGUCUGUUGCCGGGAAAUUGAAUACAAUUAAUAAGAUUCUUAACUCGUAA